GUCUAGCUGCCCCUCUCCCGGCAGCCUGCAGGACCGCGGCCGCCGGCCCGCCGCGAACGGGGCCUCCGGGCCGCGGGGGGCCGCUGUGACCCGCCUUCGCCCCCGACGCGCCGAAGGCGGGGGAGCUGGGUUUUGGGGGAGAAUCAGAAAGCGGAGGGUAGCCGUGGGGGCCGGGCGCUCCGGUGCGGCGGCUUUGGCGGGUGCUCAAGCUGCCGUCCGCUCCGCCGAAGCGCGGAGGAGCCGAGCAGGGGCCCGCCGCCCUCCUCCAUGAGGCCCCAGUGAGCUCGGCGGCGAGAGCCGGGCUGCGACGCCUCUCCCGGCGUCCUCUUCCGAGCGCAGCGGCGGUGGCCCCCGCAGGAGGAGGAGGAGGAGGAGCAUGUCGGACGGUUUCGAUCGGGCCCCAGGUGCUGGUCGGGGCCGGAGCCGGGGCCUGGGCCUGGGCCGCGGAGGGGGCGGGCCUGAGGGCGGCGGUUUCCCGAGCGGAACUGGGCCUGCUGAGCGGCCGCGGCACCCGCCGCCGCCGCAGCCCAAAGCCCCGGGCUUCCUGCAGCCGCCGCCGCUGCGCCAGCCCAGGACGGCCCCGCCGCCAGGGGCCCAGUGCGAGGUCCCCGCCGGCCCCCAGAGGCCUCCCCGGCCCGGGGCGCUCCCAGAACAAACGAGGCCCCUGAGAGCUCCACCUAGUUCGCAGGAUAAUAGCCCACAGCAGAAUUCGGAGUCAACAAUGGCUAAACCCCAGGUGGUUGCAGCUCCUGUGUUAAUGUCUAAGCUGUCCGUGAACGCCCCUGAAUUUUACCCAUCAAGUUACUCUUCUAAUUAUACAGAAUCCUAUGAGGAUGGUUGUGAGGAUUAUCCCACUUUGUCAGAAUAUGUUCAGGAUUUUUUGAAUCAUCUUACAGAGCAGCCUGGCAGUUUUGAAACUGAAAUUGAACAGUUUGCAGAGACACUGAAUGGCUGGGUUACAACAGAUGAUGCUUUGCAAGAACUUGUGGAACUCAUCUAUCAACAGGCCACAUCUAUCCCAAAUUUCUCUUACAUGGGAGCUCGCCUCUGUAAUUACCUGUCCCAUCAUCUGACAAUUAGCCCACAGAGUGGCAACUUCCGCCAAUUGCUACUUCAAAGAUGUCGGACUGAAUAUGAAGUUAAAGAUCAAGCUGCAAAAGGGGACGAAGUGACUCGAAAACGAUUCCAUGCAUUUGUACUCUUUCUGGGAGAACUUUAUCUUAACCUGGAGAUCAAAGGAACAAAUGGGCAGGUUACAAGGGCAGACAUUCUUCAGGUCGGUCUUCGGGAGUUGCUGAAUGCCCUCUUUUCUAAUCCUAUGGACGACAACUUAAUUUGUGCAGUAAAAUUACUGAAGUUGACAGGGUCAGUUUUAGAAGAUGCCUGGAAGGAAAAAGGAAAGACUGAUAUGGAAGAAGUUAUUCAGAGAAUUGAAAAUGUUGUCCUAGACGCAAAUUGCAGCAGAGAUGUAAAACAGAUGCUCUUGAAGCUUGUAGAACUCCGGUCAAGUAACUGGGGUAGAGUCCAUGCAACUUCAACAUACAGGGAAGCAACACCUGAAAAUGAUCCUAAUUAUUUUAUGAAUGAGCCAACAUUUUAUACAUCUGAUGGUGUUCCUUUCACUGCCGCUGAUCCAGAUUACCAAGAGAAAUAUCAAGAGUUACUUGAAAGAGAAGACUUUUUUCCAGAUUAUGAAGAAAAUGGAACAGAUUUAUCAGGGGCUGGUGAUCCAUACUUGGAUGAUAUUGAUGAUGAGAUGGACCCAGAGAUAGAAGAAGCUUAUGAAAAGUUUUGUUUGGAAUCAGAGCGUAAGCGAAAACAGUAAAAUUAAAUUUCAGCAUAUCAAUUUUAUAAAGCAGUUUAGGUUAUGGUGAUUUAGCAGAACACAGGAAAGCAAGAAAAUGUGUCACACUUAUACCAAAUUAAGGAUGUUGAGUUAUGUUACUAAUGUAUGCAACUUUAAUUUUGUUUAACACUCUCUGCCAAAAUAAACUUUAUUCCCUAUAACUUAAAAUGUGUAUAUAUAUAUAAUAGUUUAUUAUGUACAGUUAAUUCCACUGUUUUGGCUGCAAUAAAAUCGAUUUUGAAAAAAAUGAAAAAUGUCGAAAGUAAAUUUUGCUAGCUGGUUAGAAGCUUAUCCUUUAAAUUGUACUUUCCUUGAGGGAAAAAUUCUUAGCCUGGAAAUACAUAUUACUGCAAAAUGUAGCAUCCUUUUUUAGAUAUGAGUAUUAUAGCUUUCACUUAGUUUUACAUUUAGUGUCUCAAUGAAUUGAGUUUCAAAUAUGAAUCAGAAUCAUGAAUAUCUUUAGCACUGAAGUCUUAGAAUAUAUCAUUAACAACUGAUUCACAUAUCCAGAUGCUAUUUGAGACCAAGGGCUUUUAAAAUGGCUUAAAAAAAAAAGACUAAGAACUCCCAACUAAACAACCAAGAUUCUUCACUGAGGAUUUACUGCAAUUCUAGAAUUGGUUUUUUUCACCUAACCUCACUACCCUAAAGCCUGGAACAUUAUUCUGCUUUAUUUAUAUGACUUUCUCAUUUUUGUUUUAUAGCAUGAGUUGCAUUGACUUUUUUACUAGAGAAUUUUACUAGAUCUUUGUCACUCAAGUUUUCAUCUGCUUUAUAAUUGCUAUACCUUGAGAAUCACUUUUCUAAUACUUUUAUUACUAUAAUGUGGUACCACCUCAGCCCUACCUAAUUAAUAUUUUUACCAAUGUCAAAAAUCUUUUUCCAACUAACUAAAAGUAAAACUUAAUGUACAAAAGGAUUGCUUGUAAAUAUGCAUGUAAAUAGUUCUGUUAAUAACCCACUGUUUUACAUUUGGUACAUCUGUGUCUGCCUAUACAAUCAGCUUUCUCACUUUUCUGCUUGUUUGUUUGGUCUGGAUUAAAAUUAGACUUUAAAAAUAAAAUUUAAAUAGUUUUGUUUCCUCUAA